AUGGGGUGCAGCCAUUCAUAUGGAAUGCAGCCUUCACAUGGAGUGCAGCCUUCACAUGGAGUGCAGCUUUCGCAUGGAGUGCUGCCUUCACAUGGACUGCAGCCACAAGGUGUUUUCUCCUCAAAAGAUGAGCUUUCCUUCACAAGGAGUGCAGCCUUUGCAAGGAGUGGAGCCUUUGCAAGGAGUGCAGCCUUUGCAAGGAGUGCAGCCUUUGCAACGAGUGCAGCCUUUGUGAGGAAUGCAGCCUUCACAUCCAUUGCAGACUUCGCAAGCAGUACAGCCUUCGCAAGGAGUGCAGCAUUCGCAAGGAGUGCAGCAUUCGCAAGGAGUCGAGCCUUCGCAAGGAGUGCAGCCUUCGCAAGGAAUGCAGCCUUCACAUGCAUUGCAGCCUUCGCAAGUAGUGCAGCCUUCGCAAGGGGUGCAGCAUUCGCAAGGAAUGGAGCCUUCGCAAUGAGUGCAGCCUUCGCAAGGAAUGCAGCCUUCACAUGCAUUGCAGCCUUUGCAAAGAGUGCAGCCUUCGCAAGGAGUGCAGCAUUCGCAAGGAGUGGAGCCUUCGGAUGGAGUGCUGCCUUCGCAAAGAGUGCCGCCUUCACAUGGAGUGUGGCCUUUGCAUGGAUUGCAGCCUUCACAUGGAAUGCAGCCUUCACGAGGAGUGCAGCCUUUACAUGGAGUGCUGCCUUCCCAUGGAGUGCUGCCUUCACAUGGACUGCAGCCACAAGGUGUGUUGUCCUCAAAAGAUGA